AUGUGGAUAUCGAUGUCGCGGCGAAGGAUGGGCCCUCUCCUCUCGCCCGCCUUCACCCUCCUGCUGGCCCUGAGCGCCGCGUCUCCUGCCUCGGUGGGUAACCCCGAGGAUUACGCCGCGGACGAGGCGGAGCGGACCGCCGGUGAAAACAUCGUCUUCGAUGACUACCGGGGGAAAGGAUGCGUGGAUGACAGCGGCUUCGUCUACAAACUCGGGGAGCGCUUCUACCCGGGACACUCGAACUGUCCGUGCGUGUGCACGGAGGACGGGCCUGUGUGCGACCAGCCCGAGUGCCCCAAACUGCAUCCCAAGUGCACCAAAGUGGAACACAAUGGAUGCUGCCCCGAGUGCAAGGAGGUUAAAAACUUUUGCGAGUAUCGGGGGAAAACGUAUAAAAUCCUGGAAGAAUUCAAGCCGUCACCCUGUGAAUGGUGCCGCUGCGAACCAAAUAAUGAGGUGCACUGUGUGGUGUCCGACUGCGCCGUUCCAGAGUGUGUCAACCCUGUGUACGAGCCGGAGCAAUGCUGCCCCAUCUGUAAAAAUGGUCCAAAUUGCUUUGCUGGAACAACUAUCAUCCCAGCCGGAAUUGAAGUGAAGGUGGACGACUGCACCAUCUGCCGCUGCCAUAACGGAGACUGGUGGAAGCCGGCGCAGUGCUUGCGGCGGGAGUGCCUCAACGGCCAGUCGUUGUCAUAG